AAGAAAAUUGUACAUAUAAUAAACUAAAUUUAGAUUCCAUUUACUAGCAUCUAAUGUCAUGGUAAGUACUCUACGUUUUUAACUAGAGAUCUCAAGUUUAACUGUUCGAGUCUUACCUUUGAUAUUGAACGUUUUACCCCAAAAAUUGAAUUUCGUUGCUACUAACAUCUACUGUUGUUGUCCUAGAAUUUAAAACGUGUAAAGUUCAGAUCCUAGCUCACCUUUGCGAUGAUUCGGUGGUAAGUCUUUUUUCAUUCUUAAUUGUAAGUCCAUGAUUCGAGAUUUGAGAAUAGAAACGCCUUUGAUAAUGUUCGCUUUACCCUCAAAAGUGGGACUUCGUUGUACGAAUCAAAGUUAUUCGCACACCAAAUACCAUAUGGAAAAGACAUUAAUUUAAAAGAGUAAGUACCUUUUCAUUCUUAAAUAAAGAUCUCAAGUUUGAACCACGAAAAAUGAGUCCCCUUUAAUAAUAAUUGCUACUUUACCCCCAAAAAUAAGAUUUUACUAUGCGAAUUUGGAUUAGUCAACCCCAAAACGAAAGUCAUAUGGAAAAGUAAUAGUAGGUAAACAUCUUCAAAUCAUGUACAGAUCGAGUGGUAAGUUCUCUUUCAUCCUUAACUAAAUAUCUCAUAUUCCAACCCAAAUUAUAAAUUCCUUUACCCUCAAAAUACGAGAUUUUACAACGCGAAUCUAAAUUAGUCAACCCCAGAACAUAUUCAAUACCAAAUAGGAAAAAAAAACGAGGACAUUAACGUAGAAGAGUAAUAGUAGGUGAACAACUUCAAAUCAGGUCUAGAUCAGGUGGUAAGUUCUCUUUCAUCCUUAACUAAACUAAACGUAUCAAGUUCAAACCCUGAAUACAAAUUCAAUUAGUUAGAGACCUCUGUUUACUAAGCGUAUCAGGUUCGAACCCUGAAUACGAAUUUAAAUUAGUCAGCCCAAAACAAUAAAAGUAAAGUGAAAGACAUUAAUGUAGAAGAGUAAUAGUUGGUGAACAUAUUCAAACCGUGUAGAGAACACCUUCAAAACAAUUUAAUAGUUUAUCAAGUGGCUUUAGAAAAUAAAUAAAUACAGAUAGGGACUUAUGGGACCAGAAAUAAAUUCAUAGUUUUUGACUUAUAUUUUUGAAAUUUUAGUUUGAUUUCAAUUUUUAUGAUGAUGAAUUGAUGGAGGACAAAAAAGCUUAUUCCUUAGCUAUUUCACUUGUGAUAUUAUUGAUCACACUAAUCGUUAUCGCACGUAUAACGUUGAAAUAUUCCGAGGCAUUUUUCCUUAUUUUCGGAGCUGAUAUCGCGUUGAUUAUUGGUGUUCUUGCUGGUGUUUUGAUAAGAAGGAAGUUAAACAACAGGAAGUUAUUGUUAGAAAAUCAGUUAGACUCUGAUGGACGCGAGCUGAGGAUCGAGUAUAGUUUCUUAAGGAAAGUAGCAGGUGUUCCAACAAGAUUUAAGCUUAAAGAGCUCGAAGAAGCAACCGAUAACUUUGGAUCGUUGAUAGGUCGUGGAUCAUCAGCUUGUGUUUUCAAAGGUGUGCUUAGUGAUGGUGCAUCAGUAGCUGUUAAAAGGAUCGAUGGAGAAGAGCGUGGCGAUAAGGAAUUCAAAUCAGAAGUUGCAGCUAUUGCUAGUGUUCAACAUGUGAAUCUUGUACGUUUACUUGGAUAUUGUAGUGUUCCUCCAUCAGGACCUCGAUUUUUAGUUUACGAGUAUAUAGUUAAUGGAUCACUUGAUAAUUGGAUUUUUCGAAAGAGGGGAAUUCGUGGGUGUUUGUCGUUGGAUUUGAGGUGUAGAGUUAGUCUAGAUGUGGCUAAAGCACUUUCGUAUUUGCAUCAUGAUUGUAGAUCGUGUAUUUUACAUCUCGAUGUAAAGCCUGAGAAUAUACUUCUAGACGAGAAUCAUCGUGCUAUUCUAGCUGAUUUCGGGUUGUCUAAGUUGAUGGGGAAAGAUGAGAGUAGAGUUGUUACAACGAUUAGAGGUACUCGAGGGUAUUUAGCCCCCGAGUGGCUCCUGGAGAACGGGAUUUCUGAGAAAAGUGAUGUUUAUAGCUACGGAAUGGUGUUAUUGGAGUUGAUCGGAGGGAGGAGAAACAUCACUUUAGCUGAAAAUGGAAAGAGUACUAAUUCAAAGAGUAAGUUUAGUUACUUCCCUAAAAUUGUGAGUGAGAAAUUGGAGCAGGGGAAGAUCAUGGAAGUCGUGGACGAGAGGCUCGUCCACGAAGCAGCUACAGGAGGUGUAGCUGUUGAAAUGCAAGUGAAAAGACUGGCGUGUGUGGCGUUGUCUUGCAUCCAAGAACGGCCUAGCCUUAGGCCAACAAUGGCACGAGUCGUGGAAAUGUUAGAAGGUCGUGUGCUAGUAGAAGCGCCUACACAAACAACAAUGAUGAUCCUUGAUCUAUUGGACGAGGGUGUUGAUCAUCAUCCCGGGUUACCUAGGGUUGCUGCAGCCAUGGCUAGAUCUACUGAUACUAAUUCGCUUCGCUCUUAUACAAUGUCUAUCCUCUCGGGGAGGUAGUAUCUAUGUCUGUUAAAUUUUUCUAUAUCAAUUGGUUUGAUUGUUUCUCGAUCGAUUACUCAAAUUCAAAUGUAAGAAUUUGCUUUGGUUUACACCAAAAUAUAUAGGUCUAUAUAUCUUUUUACUUCUUUUAGUUUUGAUUGCUUUUUUUGGGAUAUCCAUGUAUACUUUUCCCAAUCGAUAUACAUAGAUUAUUCAUGGA